CCUAUUUCUUAACAUAUUUUGCUAAAACCAACAUUAACUAACCUAAACCAGCUAUACUAGCUAUCAAUCAAACCAUACCACUUAUCAAACCGGUGUAACGAUAUGAAUCGAAUUGAAACCUUGAUUGACACUAACAUAUAUGCGCGGAUUCGCCCAUGCAGACAAUCAAACGUACGUGAUCGUGGGCAACCCAGAGACUGAAUGCCCAGAAGAGUGUGCCUGGCCGUUCCGAGGCGGACCGGACCUCAUCCCGCCCAGCGGCGACAUCGGCGCCGACGCCAUGGUCAUCGGCUUCGCUCAAGGACUGGUAGCCGCUGUGACCAACCCGCAGGACACAGGCUUCUUCGAAGACAGCCUCAGGAAGCCACUAGAAGCUUCGUCAGCUUGCACGGGCAUCUUCGGGAGCGGAGCGGUUCCGGGGAGCAACCCGGGGAAAUUGCUCAAGGAUCCGGCCACCGGAAAGAGCUUUAAUUGCUAUGGCUCCAAGGGGAAGAGGUUUUUGGUCCCCGCGGUGUGGAACCCGGCCACGAAAACCUGCUGGACUUUGAUGUGAGAAAUUGAACACCCAUAUAUAUCCACCUUAAUUAAGGGGCCGGCCACCGGCGUCGGGUAAAAAGGAUUGAGGAAUCAACAAAAGCUUCUCGCCUUCGUCGACCCAUAUAUAUAUAUAUCCAUUCUCUUGUUAAUUCUGAAUCUAUCUUUCUUCUUGAUCUCUUGUUUUUUUUUUCUUUGCACCAUCUUAAUUAUUUCCAUCCUAUAGCUGCACAUAUAGCCUAACCCAAUUUUUAAUCUCUUUUUAUAGACAUUGAUCGGCCUAUAAUGGUCGAUCUUUAUUUGUAUUUUCUUGAUAGACAUCUAUAUGUUGAUUCAUUCAAAUUUGCACCUGAUCAAUUCCCUAUAUGUACAAAUUAAAUAAUGGUUUAUUGGCUAGAGGAGAGAGGUUUGCGCAUGCAAGGAAUUUGUAAAUUUACACAUUUGUGUAUAAAGGAAGAAUAACUACCACCUCUUCGGGAAAAAAAAAUCAAACAAGCGUGUUCGAUGUUUCUGAUAAUCUGCGAGACAAAGAAAAAUUAAAUUGACUAUAUUCUUAUAGAGGUUCCGUGAGAGGUUCGAAACUACAAGUAAGACUAUGACUACAUUUGCAGAGGAAAAAAUAAAAUGAUAAAAGGUGACAUUGGGUUAUCUGUUUGAUUUUGGCGAACCUUUUCUCUGUCAUCUUCACCUCUUAUUGAUAGUCGCCGAAAGUAACUACUUCGAGAAACUGCUCAGCUGACGUGGAGCAAUGGUUACAUUCUCAACUGCUUAGUUGAUGCUCUGACGUUGGAUGUGCCACCCUCUUCAGUCUUGACCCCAUUUUUUUUAUAGCCUCUCCUUGCUUUGGGUUUUAAAAUGAGGAAAACCGUUAACGUAUGAAGACCCCUUGCCCCAUGAGUAUUCGAAUCACAUGGGUCAAAAUGAAAAACACAAUUCAUCAUUUAUGAUUAGUAGAGCACACUACAAAAAAAGACAGUCAGGUAUGACCAGUCGAUUGGCGUCGAAAAAGAUCAUUUUUCAUUGGAAAUUACCUUUUUGACGACAUAUGGUCGUUGGUCAUCAUGGGAAAAAGUCUCAUUGCAAAAAGUCUAAAAAGUAAGGGCGUCAGAAAAAAAACAUUUUUGUGACGAAAAUUUGUUGGUCACUAUCUAGAAUAUCGUUGUCAGAAAUAAAUUAUACUUGAUGCUCACAAAAUGACGAAGUUAAGUUUUGAGGAAGAAUUUUUCUUAUUGACGAAGAAAUGUCGUCAUAAAUAAAUGAUUUUCUUCCCAAAAUACCCUUUUACCUUUUUUUACGACAGUGACUCGUAGAAAAAACCGUGCAACGGGAUUGAAUUUUCAUUCCCGAAAAUACCCUUUAAUUAUUUCGACGAGGAUGUGACGUUAGUAAAAACAAUUCGUCGAUAAUAAAAUUAUUUAUGACGACAAUCAAUUCGUUAAGAAUAGGAAUUUUCAAUUCCUAAAUACCUCUAGGUCUUUUCUGAUGAGGGUGGAGCCGUUCGUCAUAAGUAAAUCAAUAUUUGCUACAAAAUACAUUUAUUGGUAGCUUAAUUAUCUCAUUUAGUAUAUUAAGACUAAAUUUACUAGUUAAUUUCUAUAAGAACAAAGAUAGUAAUACUAA